GCUCGCUGCCGACCGCUUCGCAUUCCAGUUCCGGCGCCAUCUCCCCCCCCCUUCCUCCGGCGAUCCAAAUCCCGAGCGGCGCCGCCUUGCCACGGAGCUCGGGACCCAAUGCCCGCGUCCCCGGACCCGCCCCGCUCCGCCGACGGCGACGCCCCGGUCCCGGAUCCUGCGCCCGCGCCCGCCCCCUCCGGCUCCGCCGAUGAGGAGGACGACCGCGUGUUCCUAGUGCCCCGGAGGUGGUGGAGGGAGGCGCAGGAGGGAGCAGCGAUCGAGGCGCCCGGGGUACCCUACGCUGCCGCGCCAGCGGGUCCCACCUCCUACGGCAUGAAGGUGUUCAGCAUGUUCAACUCCGACCAGGCCUUCACCCUCCGCCGCGCAGACGACCUCCUCCUCCUGGCCCCCGACGCCUCCGUCGCCUCGGCGGGGAGGAGCUACGCGCUCGUCGCCGCCGACCUGUUCACCAAGGCGCGCGAAUGGCAUGUUGAUUCUGCCAAGUUGGCAGGCAAAAAAUUGCCACUUAUUGAAGAGGGCUCAGUAAAUAUUUACCCUAUAAUGCUCAGAGUUUCAGCCACACGAGAUACCAAUGCGCUAACUGUGAAGAUUGGCAAAAAGGACAACUCGCCCGAGAACUUUAAAAGAGCAAACAAGAUUCUGACAGCAGACUCUGAGCCGGUUCACAUAUGGGAUUUUUCUGGGCGAACAACAUACAUAUUGAUGAAUGAAUGGAACCGAAUGCCCCAAGACCCAAAAUCCGCAGAUCAGGAGAUGUCUCUACAAAUACACAUUUAUGAUUUGUCAGAGCCUAUGGCUAAUGGUGCUGAUGGGAAAAAAAGCGAUUUAGCAUUAACAAUGGGUAGCUCAAUUUUUAGCAACGGCAGUACCAUGUGCAUGGAUCUGGAUUCAUCAAGUAGGAUCUCUAAGAAAGUUGGCUCUGGUUUAACAGGGUUAGACAAUCUUGGAAACACAUGUUUCAUGAACAGUGCAGUCCAGUGCUUGACUCAUACUUCAAAGCUGGUUGACUAUUUCCUUGGUGAUUACUACAAAGAAAUAAACCCUCAUAACCCACUGGGGAUGAAGGGGGAACUCGCUUAUGCAUUUGGAGAUUUGUUGAGGAAGCUAUGGGCUGUUGAUAGAACCCCAGUUGCGCCUCGCCAAUUUAAGGCCAAACUUGCACGCUUUGCCCCCCAAUUCAGUGGCUUCAACCAACACGAUUCACAGGAGCUCCUUGCUUUCCUAUUGGAUGGACUCCAUGAAGAUUUGAAUCGUGUAAAAUGUAAACCAUAUUCUGAAGCAAAGGAUUCAGAUGGCCGUGCGGUUGAAGAGGUCGCAGAUGAGUACUGGGGCAACCAUUUAGCCCGAAAUGAUUCUAUCAUAGUUGAUAUCUGCCAGGGUCAAUACAAGUCAACAUUAGUUUGCCCCAUUUGCAAGAAAGUUUCUGUAACAUUUGACCCAUUUAUGUAUUUAUCUUUGCCCCUGCCUUCAACAACAAUGAGAACAAUGACCAUAACAGUCUUCAGCACCGAUGGCACUACUGGGCCAUCUCCUUACACUGUUAGUGUUCCAAAAUCUGGAGAUACUAAGACACUUGUGAAUGCAUUAAGCAAUGCUUGUUCGUUGAGAGAUGAUGAGCGCCUCCUGGUUGCUGAGAUCUACAAUAGUUCCAUUAUCCGGUACUUGGACGAACCUUCUGAAGUCAUCUCCUUGAUCAGAGAUGGAGAUCGUUUGGUUGCAUAUCGGCUUCCGAAAGACAGUGAAGAUGCUCCUAUAGUGGUGUUCAGAAACCAGCGUAUGGAGUUGUCCCUCUCUAGUUUUGGCAGGAAGUCUUGGAAGACUUUUGGCACUCCUCUUGUGUCAAGUCUUCCUGAUACAAUAACUGGAAGUACUAUCUGCAAUAUUUUCCAAAAGGUUCUGACUCCAUUCAGAGUAUCGAAAGAUGUUUCAGAUUCUGAUCAAACAAUUGGCGAAAGCAGUCUAGUUAAUGAAACUGUAGAAAUCGAUAUGAGCACUGAUGCCUCAGAGUGCACCAGCAUAAACAACAAUUUUAUUGAGGAUGAAACAGUGACUGAAGAUGCAAUGCAAUUUUUCCUGAUUAAUGAAAAAUUCCCAGACCAACGCCUGAAGAUUGAAAUGGAUCAACCUGUUACACUGAAAGGUUUGCAGAAGCGUCUGCAUGUGGUUGUGUGUUGGCAGGACAAUGGACUGGAGCAAUACAAUCUUGGUUCUUUGGAUUCUCUUCCAGAGAUUUACAAAGCUGUGUUAUUUGCAAGGAGACCACAGGACACCUGCUCUCUAUAUGCAUGUCUUGAAGCUUUUAUAAGAGAGGAACCAUUAGGUCCAGAAGACAUGUGGUAUUGCCCAGGGUGUAAAGAGCAUCGACAAGCUAGUAAGAAGUUAGACCUUUGGAGGUUACCAGAAAUCCUUAUAAUACACCUAAAAAGAUUUUCAUACAGCCGGUUCACAAAAAACAAGCUAGAGACAUUUGUGGACUUUCCGAUUCAUGAUCUUGACCUUUCAAAGUAUAUUGGUAACAGAAGCCAAGAAAUUUCGCACCAUUAUCGACUGUAUGCUAUCAGUAACCACUAUGGAAGCAUGGGAGGUGGUCACUACACAGCUUAUGUUUAUCAUGAAGGGAAAAGGGGGUGGUGCGACUUCGAUGACCGUCAUGUGGGUCCUAUAACCGAGGAUAGUAUAAAGACAUCGGCAGCUUAUGUUCUUUUUUACAGGCGGAUACAGGAUGGUAGCUUAGAUACAGAAACGGGAAUGGAUACUGAUUGAAUUCAUGAGGAGCUGUGGCGAAUUUUGAGCCCAGAGUCCCAGACAUUGUACAGUUCUUUGGUUGGGGGAUAGUUCUGCUGCCAAAAAAUCGGAUGUUUGCAGCUGAUUUAUGUCGAUUUAAGGAAGAGACGGCAGCAGCAACCAUCAUUUUGUGAGUGACAGGGAUAGUACUACAGGUGGGAGAGGUGGUUGUUUCCAGCAUCCUGACAUGGAUCAUCUGCGUGUACAAUGAGGAGGUACAAAGGCGCCGCAGGCAGGCUGUUGUAGGUUGAUACUAUACAUGUUUCUCACCCAAGAUUUUCUAGGGUCCAGAGGCGUGGGAGAUAAUUUCUUGUAGUAGUUCCCAUACAGGUCCCCUCCUUUUUCUUGACAUAUGUAAUUGAUCGUGAUAAAUGUUGGUUCAUGUCGUUACCAUGGGAAUAAAUCAGCCCAGAUUUUCUCAA